AUGUUUGCUAAUAUAAAUUUAUUUAAAAAUUAUAAAAAUAUGUUGUGAGGAACCUUUUGCUUUGUGGUUCUAAUAGGGUUCAUUUUACAAAUAAUCAUUGACCUCUAUGAAAGAGUUAUUAAGGCUCCUGAAGCUAGAGAAAGAAAUGAAGAAAGAAAUGAAGAAAGCAAAGAAAGCGAAGAAAGUGAAGGGUGCACUGAGGGCAAAUGAAAUUAG